CUUUGGUUUCUGCACUGGAGGGGGGUUGUGUGCAUUGGAACAUGUUCCCUUGAAAUCACCAAAGCAUUGAACUGUUUUAUGAAAUCGCCAAGCCCCUAGACAGAAAAUUACUCAUGAAAACCAAGCAACUUCAAAAGAGAUUGAUGUUCUUCGCUAAACUUUUCGAAAAAAUCACCGCAAAGAUGGCCGAAGCGAUCACUUGAAUAUUAAAGAUGGUUGCCCAUGACGUCACUGUCAGGACCUCAUGUUUACUCUGUCAAAGAGGCAUUAACCGGGUCCCCAUGUGAAAUAUACAGUACCCCCCUCUAGGGAUUAGCUUGUGGCGCGCGAGGAGCGAAUAGUUCGAUAGAAAGACAGAGGCCAAAGGAAAAAGAACAAACCUUCAAAUAAGCAUGGAAAAACGGAUCGACCUAGAAAGCCGUAAUAAAUCUCCAGGCGAGAUUGAAGAGCUUAUUCUAGAUAACUGCCGCUCAACGAAUAUAGUAGGGCUUACAGAUGAAUUCAUCAAACUCGACAACUUAUCUAUGAUAAACGUCGGUCUAACUAGCUUGAAAAAUUUCCCGAAACUUCCUAACUUACGAAAGCUUGAACUAAGCGACAAUCGAAUUUCAUCAGGCUUACACCACCUCACAGCGUCCCCAAAGCUAACGCAUUUAAGUUUAAGUGGAAAUAAAAUAAAAGACUUGGAAACUCUCGAGCCUCUGGAAAAACUAAAAAACCUUAAAAGCUUAGAUCUUUUUAACUGUGAAGUAACGAACGCCGACGAUUAUAAGAGUAGAGUAUUUGAAAUGAUUCCUUCGCUUCGGUAUUUAGAUGGAUGCGACAGGGAUGGUAAUGAAGCUGAAGAAACAGACUCGACCGGGGACGAAGACGGCGACGAGGAUGAAGAUGAAGUAGACGACGUUGACGAUGAAGAUGAUGAUGACGAUGAUGGUGAUGAUGAUGACGACGACGACGAUGAUGACGAUGAGGAUGAUGAAGGGGCCUCAAGUGAUGACGAAAAUGAGGAUGAUGAUGGUGUMGUCGAAGUAGAAGGAGAAGGAGAUGAUGACGAUGAUGAAGACGAGGAUGAUGAUGAAGAAGGUGAAGAUGAAACACCAGGAUUGGAAUAUCUACAGAAAGAAAACUUAGAAGACGAUGAAGAAGAGGAAGACUUUGAUCCUGAAGAUGCAGAAGAAGAGGACGAUGAUGACGAUGUUGAAGAAGAUGCCGAAGAAGAAGGCGAGCAAACACAACGAGGAGAGAAACGAAAAAGAGAAGACGAUGAUGAUGAUGACGACUGAGAGCGUAAUCGCUGUGUAUAUAACAGACUCCCAACAUCUUGAAGGAUUCGUGUGACGGUUCCACAAUAUUGACUAAUCGCUUUCAUUAGUCAUUUCUCAUCACAUUUCUCCUGACUUUUUCUGGUGUACAUUAUCAAAAAGGUUCAAUGGAGAAAGCGUUUUACAGAAUCCCUUCCAUUCUACAUCAGCACCUAAAUUCUCACAACCCGACAAAGGACUKCACUUGUUGAUAAACUGUUUUUAUGAAUUGACUGUACAUCCUGUAUGCCACUUGUGAGAAUUUGGGUAUUGAUCACUUUGAAACAACCCAUGGAGCAUCCUAUAGUGAGAUGUUAGUCUCAUGAAAUGGGCUUUUGUAGAUAGUCUAAUACAUGACACAUAAUGAAUCACAGUCAUUCUGAGUUUUGAAUUGUAGCUACAUUGGUAUUCAUACAGUUUUCAAGUAAUUUACAAUAAACAACUUUAUUAAAAGCUCAC